AUGGGUUUACAGCAAGAACCUAUGUUAUCAGGCAAAACUGACCAGAAUAAAGAAACACCAGUAGUUACAAGUCAACCAGUAACUAUAAUUCCUUUACAAGAUCAUCCAAUAACUUUGAAAUGUCCCAACUGUCAUCAAGAAAUUGUAACGAAGAUUAAAUAUCGUAAUGGUAUGCUAACUUAUGCAGCUUGUACAGGUUUAUGCAUAGUUGGGUGCUUCUGUGGCUGUUGUCUCAUUCCAUUUUGUGUAAAGGCAUGUAAAGAUGUUGAUCACAAAUGUCCUGAAUGCAGUCAUCACAUUGGAACAUAUCGCACGUUACAAGAAAAAUAUAUGAAAUAA